UGUGUAUUUAGACUGUGGACCAAAUUAGUCUCAGGUUAGUGAGCAAAGGUCAGGUAUCUCAAACCUGAAACCAAAGAGGGAGGGAUUUGUCUGUGUGAUCUGGUGAAUGGCUGAGAGACAAAAUAGUACCCCAUGCAGCCACAGGGAAUGAUGGGUACAAUACAGCAGUGAGUCUCAUGCACCUGGGUGUAUGUUACGCUGUGUCAGAUCAAGUAGCCGGGAGGUGACACUUUGUGAUACGCAUUGUUUUCUGUGUUCUCCAUCAGUGAACUGGAAUCUGAUUAAAGCGGAUGUCUCAGCUGAUGUUUUAUAUACAUGUCUAUAUAUACGAUCUGUCUGACUGAUUGACUGCAUACAUCAGUAGAUCAAACUCGUUUGACUUAGUAUCAAUUUAAGGAUUGUUCAAUGUGAGAUCACACACUAGAGUUCGGGAGCUGUGAAUGGCCGUCUUACAAAAAGUUUAAAUACCGGGGUUAAGUGUAUCAGAUUAAAUACACACAGUAAAAGUUGUCAUCUGUUUGCAGAGUGUGGAGACAAAUGAUAAAUGCCGACUUGAAUUCAGAACUAAGACUGAAGACCAAGAUAGACUGAGGUCCAAAGCAGUUUUUACGCACAUAACCAUUUAUAUCACCGGCUCGGAAGUGUUAAUGGGUCAUCAGUGUAUUGUGUGCCUAUACUGGUGUGGACUGUGGGUCACCAUCUAAUCUUAUGUUUUUGUGACUGGCUUGUCAUGUGGAUUUUAUAUCAGCACCUGUGCACACCUGAAUGAAUAUGUUAGUUUUACGGAACAUGGUGGUCUAAUUUGAAUUAACGACUUUGAACACAUAUACUUAAUGUCACACUUGAAACGUUACGCUUGUGUUUCUUUUGUAAACAAGUUGUUAUGAUUCCAAGGAGAAAACCGGGGACAUACACAUCCACACUCUCAACUGUUAAAACUCCAGCCUCUGGGGGACAGGUGGGAAACACUGGUCACUCAAGACCCACUACAACCUUAGGGGGACAUCCUGGAGGAACCACUCAACUUAAGUCCCCCACCAGUCCAACCCACAAGUCAACCAAUGGAACAGACUUGACAAGAGGAAAAUCUGCAGAAAAUGGUCAAGAGAGGCAACCUGUUAAGAAAUCAGAUUCAUUCAUGAAUUCUAGAAACGUGUUUCAGAGUUUGUCUAAUGGUAAACAGACACGACAAGUUCAGAAAUCGGAGUCAUUUUCUGAAACAAGAAGAAAGAGUUCCUCCUCUUCCUCUUCUUCAGUCAAAGUGGAUUCGGUUGCACAGAGAAGACACAGUUCCACCAAAACCGAUGUCCAGUCAGCUCACAAUUCCGCUAGAGUGGAUGGCACAGUACCUAAGAGACCAAACUCUAGAUCUGGCACUAUAUCGGAUUCAAGGUCCUCCAGUCUGUCAGAUACAACCACUGGACCAAAACAACUUGGUACGGUAUCAGAUUCUGUGUCUGGACAAAGACACCCUAGUGGAACAGAAACGUUGACGUCAUCAUCACAGAGUGGUGUCAUACAGCAGCCACCACAUGCAGGUGGUGUGAGAGGUUCUACCCAGCGGCCACCACAUACAGGUGGUGUGAGUGGUUCUACCCAGCAGCCACCACAUACAGGUGGUGUGAGUGGUUCUACCCAGCAGCCACCACAUACAGGUGGUGUGAGUGGUUCUACCCAGCAGCCACCACAAACCAUCAGUUGUCAUGCAGUAAAUGGGGCAGUGUCUCUUGGCACUGCCAAGGUCAAAGGGGGUUCACCUCACAAGUUCACAGCACCAGAACAGUCGGGUUAUGUCGGGUUUGCCAACCUACCCAACCAAGUCCACAGGAAGUCAGUCAAGAAGGGGUUCGAGUUCACCUUGAUGGUAGUGGGUGAAUCAGGACUCGGGAAAUCUACACUGGUCAACAGUCUAUUCCUCACGGAUCUCUACCCAGAAAGACACAUACAUUCUGCUGCUGAGAAGAUUUCGCAGACAGUGAAGAUUGAUGCAUCCACUGUCGAGAUUGAGGAGCGUGGCGUCAAACUGAGGCUGACGGUUGUGGACACACCUGGAUUUGGGGAUUCCCUCAACUCUCAGGACUGUUUUAAGCCCAUUAUCCAGUAUAUCGAUAGUCAGUUUGAGCGUUACUUGGAAGACGAGAGCGGAUUAAACAGGCGACAUAUUGUCGACAAUCGUGUUCAUUGCUGUUUCUAUUUCAUCAACCCAUCAGGCCACGGGUUACGUCCACUCGACAUUUCAUUCAUGAAAGCAGUUCAUCACAAAGUCAACAUAGUCCCCGUCAUUGCCAAGGCUGACACAUUGACUCAGCAGGAGUGUAAACAGCUGAAAAGGAAGGUGAUGACCCAAAUAAUGGAGAAUGGAAUCAACUUGUAUGCUCUCCCAGACUGCGAUGAAGACGAAGAUGAGGAGUAUAGAGAGCAAUGUCGACUCCUGAAGGAAGCGGUGCCUUUUGCAGUCAUUGGUGCUAAUACUGUGAUAGAGGUCAAAGGUAAAAAGGUCAGAGGUCGUAUGUAUCCCUGGGGAGUCGUAGAGGUGGAAAAUCCUGAUCACUGUGAUUUCAUCAAACUCAGAACCAUGCUUAUCACUCACAUGCAAGAUUUACAAGAAGUAACACAGGAAGUUCAUUAUGAGAAUUUCCGAGCUGAGAAAUUGGCGGAUGGAGGUUCAGUACCCAAGAAAACAAGGCCUGAAAAUCCACAAACUGAUUUGUCAGAGCGAGAAAAGCAGCUUGUGGAGAAAGAACAAGAGCUGAGAAGAAUGCAGGAAAUGAUUGCGAAAAUGCAGGCUGAAAUGAAUCAACGCAAUACUCCACAGAAAACGCAUCAAAAUGGAGAAGUCAAAUCUCAGAAUGUCUAAAGCUUAUUCAGAUGACCAUUUCAAUUGGACCAGUAUUGAACAAAUGAGAUUGUCGUAUUUGUACCUUGUGACCUCGGACAAUCCUUCACAAUAAGAAUCACAAAUUAAUCACAUCGUUACAGGAAAUCACGUCGCAGCAGAGAAGUGUUCAUUUUGUGAUGUGUAACAUCAACUAAACUGCUUCUGGUUUCUAAAUUUACUCUCUUAUCUGCUCUGUAUGUGUAGUAAACAACUGGAAUACAAUAUUUAUAGGUGGAAAAUUUUGAAUGUUAAUCUGUUAUAGAUAUGAGAAAUUGUAAAUCAUUGAAAAACAAGACAUUUUAUAUGCAUGCAGUUAUAGAAAAUUCUUGAGGUUAUGCAUUACAGAUGUACUAACAAAUUAAGCUUUGAUUUCGGCUAAGGUUUGUAAUUCACGUGAGAAGUCCAAUAUCUAAUUCGUGUACAUUUUGUAUUAUAUUGAUGUCAUUGGACAUAAAGGGCUUUGUUUGUAUUCCAGUCAUAGCAACUAUCGCAUCGCAAGGAGAAAAAUAACUGUACAACAGGCGCAUGGUCUAGUCAUCUAAUUUCGCGUUCAACAGUAACAAGGUAGAGUUAUCUGCCUUGGAUAGUAUAGGUCAAUCAAUUUAGAAGUAGGGCUUGCAAUAAAAAUUUUGUUGUGGCACACAGUUUUGUCUUUGAAUUUUAUUUUAGUGAUAUUAUUUCCAUCAAAACAUUCUUUGUAUAGCUGAUCUCCCUUGUAAAAUUUCCUUUCCCAUUUUUUGUUUCAUUUUUCAUGCAGAGAUGUAUUAAGUACACUUUGCUAAUGUUAAGUGUAAUUUUUUCAUUAUUAAUUUUUUUUUAUUAUAUAUAUAUAUUUUGUAAAGUACUGUUUUAUUUUUGUGUAGUCAACAUAUAUAAUAUUACCUUUUGUGUCGUUAUUUCUAGAAAUUAAACCUUUAUUAUAUUGUAAAGCAUAUGAACAAUUUGUUGAUCUGAAAGUGACUAAGAUGCAUAAUGGUCCAGAAAUUGAAAAGGAAACCAAAAUGUUUAUAUUUCAGUGCUUCAUCUAAAACACAUAAAACCUACAGUUCAUAAAUUAACCUGUUAGACUGUGUCAUAUUCAUGUACUAAUUAAGGGAUUCUUUGAAAUUUUGUGGGGACCAAGUUUCUUUGGGAUGUAGAUUUCAUGCAUAUGAUUUCUGUAUAAUGAAGCAUUAUAUAAACUAUGUAUUAUGUUGAGAUUUUGUCUGGUACAAGAAAAUUGUACCCUGAAAUGUUUGUAAUUUGGGCCCCUACGAAAUAUAAUGAGUUCCCUGUAAUGAAUUGUACUGAUAUUUAUUUCCUGAUUUUUGGAUGAAGAAAUUGACCUGUUGUUUGACUGCUUGAAAGCUUGUUCUGCUGAAUUUUAUCAAUCUCUGCAAUAAUUUUGUAUUAUUUUUAUUUAAUUUGUACAUGAAUAAAUUAAAUGUAUAACAA